UAGGACUCCAAGCCAGAUGAGCCACAAGGACGCUAGAGGGAGAGACCUCAACCUUCUGCCUAAAAACACACACUUAGACUUAAGCAAAUAACUCACCUGCUUCUCACAUCAGAAACAUUUUUAUGGACAAAUAACGCUUUCCUUCUGAAGGAGGAGGCCACAACGAUCUCUCUGAGUUUGAAAGCCUCGUGGUUUGAAUUGGCUUUGGGUUCACAUCCUACAAUUGUCCCUGGAGUGUGGGGGAACAAGACGAGUGGCUCAGUCAACCCUCUGCAACAGAGCAGAGAGCAGAAGGCGUCUGCUUUUCUUCACCAGUGAGGACCAUGUGUGCUGCUGCUCUGGAUGCAUACUGCGGCUCCGUUUUCUGGAAUGACUCGUACCUGCAGAGAGCAGACCCAGAUCUCCCAGUAUGUAUGGAGCAGACCGUUCUGGUCUGGAUCCCUCUGGGGUUCCUGUGGCUUUGUGCCCCGUUGCAUCUGGUGUCUUUUUGCCGACAAAAACCAGGGAUCCGAAAAUUCCGCUCCAAGCUCUACCUCUGCAAACAGCUCGUGGUUUCACUAUUGUUGCUGACGGCCAUUGUGGGCCUGGUGAUCACGUUAGCAGUUGACUACAGUCCAAACAAUGACUCGUCUGCCGUAGAGAAAUAUCCAAGUGUUUACUAUGUAAAUCCCAUCCUAUAUGCUGUCUCAUGGAUCCUGGUUCUCUUGUGUCAAGAAGGAAUGAGGCAAACAAAAGGAGCCGUUGACUCUGCCACUCUUUUCCUCUUCUGGUUGCUUCUUGUUCUGUGCGACGUCUUCCCUUUCCAGACCCUCCUGCGAGAGGCCCUCAGACAGCAGGGAGAGAUCAGUGAUGUCCCUCGCUUCUGCCUUUUCUACAUUUCCUUUGGGCUGGAGCUGAUUGCUCUUAUUCUCUCAGCCGUGGCCGAUGUCCCUCCAGAAGAGAGGGACGCUUAUAAAAAGAAUCCAGAAGCUGGUGCAGCAUUUUUGAGCAGAAUCACAUUCAACUGGUUUAACAGUAUGAUGUUUAAAGGCUACAAGCGACCCCUGGUUCAGGAGGACAUGUGGGAGCUGAACCAGAAAGACACCACUGCUUACAUCCACGACUGCUUCCAAUCUGUCAUGGACAAGGAGUUAGGCGCAGCGCGGAUCCGCUUACAAACUCGUUUGAAGGAGAGAGGCUUCAGGAACAAAGAUAAAUCCGAGGAAGACGCUUUUGAAAAUGGCCACUGCACUGGUCUGAAGGAAGGCGUCAGUCAGGAUGUGCUGAUGAUGACAGAGAAGGGCAAGAAAGGAAGGAAAAAGAAGAAAGAAAAAGAGGAAAUCAACUAUCCCAAUUCAUGGCUCGUUAUCACCAUCUUCAAGAGCUUUAAAAGGGUUUUAAUCGAAUCUGCGCUCUUCAAACUUCUGCAGGACCUGUUCAUUUUUGUCAAUCCUCAACUGCUGAAACUGAUGGUCACCUUCACUCAAGACAAAUCCAGUUACGUCUGGGAGGGUUAUCUCUACGCAGUGCUGCUGCUGCUGGUGGCUAUCCUGCAGUCUCUGUUCCUGCAGCAGUACUUCCAACGCUGCUUCGUGCUGGGGAUGCAGGUCCGCACUGCCAUCAUGGCAGCUGUGUACAAAAAGGCUUUAGUGAUGUCUAAUGACAGUCGCAAAGAGUCAACGGUCGGAGAAACAGUGAACCUGAUGUCCGCAGACGCCCAGCGCUUCAACGAAGUGACAAACUUCAUCCACCUGAUUUGGUCCUGCCCUCUACAGAUCGUCCUGUCCAUAGUUUUCUUGUGGGUGGAGUUAGGGCCGAGUGCGUUUGCAGGAUUCGGAGUCAUGGUUUUACUGGUGCCAAUCAAUGCACUGCUCGCCUCCAGGGCCAGAACAAUUCAGAUAGAUAACAUGAAGUUUAAAGACGGGAGACUGAAAAUCAUGAAUGAAAUACUCAAUGGGAUCAAGAUUCUGAAGCUGUACGCAUGGGAGCCAUCCUUCCAAAGGCAGGUUGAAGGCAUUAGAGGAAAAGAACUUCAUGUCUUGAAGAAGUUUGCCCAUCUGACAUGUGUCUCCACCCUCUUAUUCAUCAGUGCUCCAUCCCUGGUUUCUCUGGUCACAUUUGGAGUGUUUGUAGGGAUAAGCUCUGAGAAUAUACUGACCCCUGAGAAAGCCUUCACCUCCAUCACAAUUUUUAACCUCCUCCGAUUUCCCCUGACCAUGCUGCCCCAGCUCAUCGCCGGCAUUGUGCAGACAACAGUGUCUGUGAAACGCCUGGAGAAGUUCCUUGGAGGGGAAGACCUUGAGACAGGCAGCGUGCAGCAUGACCCCAGCUUUAACGCUGCGGUUAAAGUGCGUGAUGGUUCCUUUGCAUGGGAAAAAGAUGCCAAGCCUCUGCUUGAAAAUGUUUCCUUGGAUGUAAAGCCAGGCCGGCUGGUAGCGGUCGUGGGAGCUGUGGGCUCAGGAAAGUCCUCUUUGGUUUCAGCUCUCCUCGGCGAGAUGCACAUCGUCAAAGGCCUGGUCAACAUUCAGGGGUCCCUUGCAUAUGUGCCACAGCAAGCCUGGAUCCAAAAUGCCACGCUGAGGGACAAUAUCCUGUUUGGCUCUCCCAGUGACGAAGGGCAGUUACAGAGGGUGAUAGAGGCUUGUGCCCUGAAACCCGACCUGGAGCUGCUCCCCGGUGGAGACCUCACUGAGAUUGGAGAGAAGGGAGUCAAUGUCUCAGGGGGUCAGAAGCAACGUAUUAGUUUGGCUCGAGCAACUUACAGCCAGGCUGAUAUUUACCUUUUGGAUGACCCAUUGUCUGCAGUGGACUCCCAUGUAGCAAAGCAUCUUUUUGAUAAAGUUAUUGGACCCAAUGGAUUACUUAAAGAUAAGACUCGUCUCCUGGUGACACACGGCGUGGGAUUCCUGCCUUAUGUCGAUGAAAUCGUGGUCUUGAAAGAUGGAGUGAUUUCUGAGGUUGGAUCCUACAACAGCCUUCGUGCCAACAAAGGCGCCUUUGCCGAGUUUCUAGACACAUAUGCAGGAGAGCAGACCAAAGAGAGCGAUGCAGAGUCAGACAAGGGCCCCGAGACUAUGGAUGUACAGCUCAUCUCGGAAAUAGAAGACACCGAUCCCGACUCACCCAUGGUGGACAUUGUCUCUGCUACGAUGAAGAGGGAAAACAGCAUCCGCCGGAGCAAACGCAUGGGCAGUAUCCGACUAAGAACAAACAGUUCUAUCAAAAAACCAGAGGAGGGUGAUGCAAAGAAAGGCCAGAGGCUAAUAGAGAAGGAAGCUAUGGAAACAGGACAGGUGAAGAUGUCGGUGUAUCUUGAGUACCUGCGAGCCAUGGGCUGGGUAUACAGUGUCUCGGCCUUGGCGUUUUUCAUCCUCCAGCUCGCUUCCACCGUUGGUCAGAAUGUGUGGCUGAGUGAUUGGACUAAUGAUGCAGCGAAGUACGUCAACGAAACAUACCCUGCCUCUGUCAGAGACACCAGAGUAGGAGUGUUUGGCGCCCUGGGAGUUGCUCAGGGUGUCUUUGUUUUCAUCGGUGCAAUCCUCAUAGCCAACGGUUCGGUUGCUGCGUCUCGUAUCCUGCACUCGAGUCUACUUAGCAACAUACUGCGAGCUCCCAUGCUAUUCUUUGACACUACGCCAAUUGGACGAGUGGUUAAUCGCUUUGCAAAGGACAUUUUCACAGUGGACGAAGUCAUUCCCAUGUCUGCACGCUCCUGGCUCCAGUGUCUGCUGACUGUGGUGGGGACAUUGUUUGUCAUCUGUUUGGCCACUCCUUUCUUCACCCUCAUCAUCCUCCCUUUGGCUGUUUUCUACUACUUUGUGCAGCGCUUCUAUGUAGCCACUUCAAGGCAGUUGCGUCGGCUGGACUCUGUCUCCCGCUCUCCUAUAUACUCUCACUUUGGUGAGACUGUGUCCGGUCUGUCAGUGAUACGAGCCUACGGCCACCAAGCAAGGUUUCUCUCACACAACGAAAUGGUUAUGGAUGAAAACCUCAAGAGUGUUUACCCUUGGAUUGUUUCAAACAGAUGGUUGGCUAUCCGACUGGAGUUUCUCGGAAACCUAGUGGUGUUUUUUGCAUCUUUACUCGCUGUUAUUUCCAGAAAUACACUUGACAGUGGCCUGAUUGGCCUGUCGAUAUCUUCUGCCCUGAAUAUAACACAGAACCUCAACUGGCUGGUGAGAAUGAACUCAGAGCUGGAAACCAAUAUUGUAGCUGUGGAGAGAGUGAAUGAAUACACCAAGAUAGAUAACGAGGCUGAGUGGGUCAAUGACAAUCGACCUCCAGUGGAUUGGCCUGAGGAAGGAGGACUACAGUUUGAAAACUACAAGGUCCGGUACAGACCUGGAUUGGACCUGGUGCUGCAUGGAAUCAACUGUGACAUCAAGAGCUCUGAGAGGAUUGGAAUAGUGGGUCGCACAGGAGCGGGCAAAUCAAGCUUAACAAACUGCCUGUUCAGAAUUGUUGAAGCUGCUGAAGGUCGCAUCCUCAUUGAUGGCAUCGAUAUCGCAAAGAUAGGCCUGCAUGACCUGAGAAACAAGCUCACGAUCAUACCACAGGAUCCAGUGUUGUUUUGCGGGACCUUGAGGAUGAAUCUGGAUCCAUUUGAUAGAUUCAGUGAUGCAGACAUCUGGAGAGCACUGGAGCUCUCACAUCUAAAGGACUUUGUAUCAGGACUGGACGAAAAGUUAGAAUAUGAAGUCUCAGAAGGAGGCGAGAACCUCAGCGUUGGGCAGAGACAGUUGGUGUGUCUGGCGCGAGCGCUGUUGAGAAAGACUCGCAUCUUAAUCCUGGAUGAGGCCACGGCGGCUGUCGACCUGGAGACAGACAACCUGAUUCAGAAUACCAUCCGCAAACAGUUUUCACACUGCACUGUCCUCACCAUCGCCCACCGCCUGCACAGCAUCAUGGACAGCUCUAGGGUAAUGGUGCUUGAUGCGGGUAAAAUAGUGGAAUUCGAUGCUCCAGGAUACUUGUUGGAAAAACGAGGUCUAUUCUAUGCCAUGGCAAAGGAUGCUGGGAUAACAACAGAUGCCAUUGCAAAGGAUGCUGGGAUAGCAGCAGAUGUCACCGCUCUCUGAUAUUAUACUAUGAUGAUGAUGAUGAUGAUGAUGAUAAAAUUUCUUGAAUUGCUUUUGUUGCUUAAUUUCGUAAGCUCAUCAUUUUUUGUAUUUGCAGACAAAAACUUCAAUAAAUUACAUGGUAACAAUUUUA